AUGGCGGGUCCUCGAGGCCUUGCAGCAAUGCUCACCAUGGGCAUCGCUUCCAUGUUAGCAAUUCAGUGUGUUUACGGGGAAAUAGCUUGCGAGAACCUGCCGACGGAGAUGUGCGCGUUCUCGGUGUCGUCGGCCGGAAUGCGGUGCGUGCUCGAGAAGUACAAUUACGGCGAAGAAGUGAAGCUGCAAUGCAGGACGUCUCAGGUGAAGGCGGACGACAUCGCCGGGUGGGUCGAGAGCGACGGGUGCGUGGAGGCAUGUGGUGUGGACAGAAGCUCGGUGGGCAUCUCCUCCGACUCGCUCAUGGAGCGCCAAUUCCUGGAGAGACUUUGCUCCGACCCUUGCUAUGGAGGCUGCCCCAACAUCGUCGACCUUUACUUCAAACUUGCUGCAGCUGAAGGCAUCUUCCUCCCCAAACUGUGUGAGUCAUUGAAGGACAACCCCAGGCGUGGGAUGUUUGAGACGCUCAGCUCCGGCUUUGUGGCUCCAGCACCAGGGUCAUUGCCACCUCCGUCGGAGCCAACACCGGGGCCGGGUUCCAAACCAGCGGCUGCCUCAGGGCCAGCUCCAGGGUCCGAGCAGUUUCUUGAUCUUCUUCCACAGCAGUCCCUCGACAGAGUUGUUGAUCUUCUUCCACAGCAGUCCCUCGACAGAGUUGGGGUUCGAAAAGAGUGGCUGUUUGAUCUUCAGACAACAGUUCGUAUGAACUCUGUAGCUCAAAUUCGUGCUGCCUCUUCCGGCGUGCUAAGCCGUUCUUCUUAG